AGGGCACGUUCAGUGCUAUUAACAGUUUUGUUUUGGUCGCACUUUCGGAUUAAAGCAAAUUAAAGAGCUUGAAUCAACAUUGUCUGCUAGUUUUAUGUUGAAACUAUUCACUUUGGAAAAUAAAAAAUAAAUAGUGAUUGGGUUUUACAAGUGCAAAUAAAUCAUAAAUGGCUUUUGCUGUGAGAAACUUGCUAAGUCCCAUACGCCAAAGACAAAUGGCGUUUUCGCAUUGCAUAAAGCAACACUUUUCGGCAAACAUAGCUGAUGUAACCGCAAUUAAUGCACCUGAAACAUCGAAACCAGAACCAAACGAUGCAAAAUUAGUUAUAAGCGACUCGUGCAUUAAGCGGUUGCAACAAAUAUCCGACGGCGGUCGUUCUUUUUUACGUAUCACCGUGGAAGGUGGCGGAUGCUCAGGAUUUCAAUAUAAAUUCGAUUUGGACAACAAGUUAAAUAGUGAUGAUAUCACCUUUGGGGAAGGGAAUGCAAAAGUUGUGAUCGACAAUCUUUCAUUGGAGUACUGUGCUGGUGCGACAGUGGAUUAUCAUACGGAAUUAAUAAGAUCUGGCUUUAGGAUGCUAGCUAAUCCGUUGGCGGAACAAGGGUGCUCAUGUGGUUCUUCUUUUUCAAUCAAAUUAGAUUAAAACUAAAAAAUAUAUAUUAAAGAAUGCUUAGUUUGAAUUCAUUAUUAUAUUCUUCAACGUUGUAUAAAGCAUAUUUAUUGUAUGUACACAAAUUACGGUAGUAAAAAUAUGGCUGGUUACUAGUUCA